UUCUCAAUAGUCAAUAAGACCUCUCUUUGGUUCAUUCUCUACCUUUCAUUUUUCUCCAUACCUUCUUCUUCUUCUUCUUCUCUUUUGUUUCCUUUUUUUUUCCCCUAUCUGAUAGGGUUUCCAUGAAAAUUUAGCAUCCAUUCGCCUCAUGCAUCAGCUCUCUUCAUCUGAAAACUUGGUGAUCGCCGUCUUCACCUGUGUUGUGCCUCUCUUUUUUGCUCUCUUUGGAGGGUUUUUUGGUGGCGUGCUACCGACAGUUCAAUUUUUGGGUUUCGUCAAGCGGUACCCAUGUCUAAGAUCUUUGGUUUUACUCUCACAGAGAGUGAAGAUUUUUUCCCUGGGGCAGCGAUCUAUCCAAACCCCAAGGAUGCUAAUCUCUUUUUGUCCCUUGGUCGCCAUGUGGAUGUUUAUUAUCCUCUCCGCAAGAGGUCACGAGUCAGCGCCCCAUUUGUGCCUAGUGGAGAAAUACUCAAAAAGAAGGAGACAUCUAUUGAAGUUCUUCCAGACGAGUGCCUCUUUGAGAUCUUCAGACGCCUGCCUGAUAGAGAGACGAGGAGCCUCUGUGCUUGUGUUUCUAAACGCUGGCUCAUGCUUCUAAGCAGCAUAAGUGGAAAUGAAUUUUGCAGCACUUCCGAAAAUUUGAAGCCUAAGACUGUUUCGACUGGAAUCGAGGCUGAUAACCAACCCGAGAGCGAUGGAUAUCUUUCUCGAAACUUGGAGGGGAAGAAGGCAACGGAUGUUAGACUAGCUGCCAUAGCAGUAGGAAAUGCUAGUUGUGGUGGCUUGGGGAAGCUGUCAAUUCGUGGCAGCAAUCAUGGCUCUGAGGUUACAAACCUUGGCCUUAAGGCAGUUUCCCACGGAUGUCCUUCCCUUAAAGCUAUUUCUUUGUGGAAUCUGUUCUCUAUAGGAGAUGAAGGUCUGAUUGAAAUUGCCAAGGGAUGUCACCUCCUAGAGAAGCUUGAUUUAUGUGAAUGUCCUGGAAUUUCGAACAAGGCACUGCUGGAGCUUGCCAAAAAUUGCCCUAAUCUGACUGAUAUAACAAUGGAGUCUUGCGCAAACAUUGGUAACGAAAGCCUUCAAGCUCUUGGGCAGUAUUGUUCCAAUUUGAAGUCUAUUUCAGUCAAAGACUGCCCUCUUAUUGGGGAUCAAGGAAUAUCAAGCUUGUUGUCUUCCACCUCUUACACCUUAAACAAGGUGAAGCUCCAGGGUUUAAAUGUCACUGAUGUGUCGCUUGCUGUCAUCGGACACUACGGAAAGGCAGUUACGGACCUUAUGCUUACUGGCCUCACAAAUGUUACUGAGAGAGGAUUUUGGGUCAUGGGCAAUGGUCAUGGUUUGCAAAAGUUGAGAUCAUUUACACUUACAUCUUGCCAUGGUGUGACCGAUGUUGGGCUACAAUCCAUUGGAAAGGGAUGCCCAAACUUGAGGAAAUUCUGCCUCCGCAAGUGUUCGUUUUUAUCCGACAAUGGAAUGGUCUCUUUUGCUCAGGCUGCAGCCUCUAUUGAGAACUUGCAAUUAGAAGAGUGCCAUAGGAUAACCCAGCUGGGUUUAUUUGGUACCCUCCUAAACUGUGGUGCAAAAUUGAAGAUUCUUUCUCUAGUUAACUGCUUAGGGAUCAAGGAUUUGAGUCUGAACUUGCCUUCAUUGCCCCCGUGCAAGUCCUUGCAAUCAAUAUCCAUCUGCAAUUGCCCUGGGUUUGGUAAUGCAAGCUUAACUCUGCUGGGCAAGCUGUGCCCCAAGCUGCAGCAUGUGAACUUAACUGGGCUGAAUGGUAUUACAGAUUCUGGGCUAUUACCAAUGCUUAAAAACUGUGAGGCAGGAUUGGUAAAGGUCAAUCUAAGUGGUUGCGUGAACCUAACCGACAAAGUGAUUUCGUCCUUGGCCGAGCUUCAUGGUUGGACUCUUGAAUUGCUCAACCUUGGUGGUUGUUCGAAGGUCUCUGAUGCAAGCUUAGUGGCAGUUGCGGAGAACUGUCAAUUGCUCAAUGAUCUUGACAUGUCCAAGUGCCGUAUCACUGAUUUUGGGAUUGCAGCCCUUGCACGAGCUAACCAGUUCAACCUACAGAUCCUUUCUGUGUUCGGGUGUCCUGCCUUAACUGACAAGAGCUUGCCUGCUCUUGCAAGAUUGGGCGACUCCCUUUUGGGCUUGAAUCUUCAGCAGUGCAAUUCAGUCAGCACUAGGAGUGUUGAGCUUCUUUUGGCUCAGCUCCAUCGUUGCGAUAUCCUUUACUGAGCAGCAGCAGGAAAGCUCUAUUCCAGAAUUAGCCAAAAAGUGAUAACAGAUGGAGGAAUCCAUCUUAAGCAGGUAGCUUUAAAAAAAUUAUCGGGGCAUUAUCAGUAGACUGUAGUUUUUGGGUCCAUGGGUAUGGGUCUUCGUCAUCUAGUAACCUGGUUGGUUCCAUUUUCCAGGGGAUAUGGUCAUUCUCUCUUUUUUUACAGAUUUCCCUUGAAUGGGGUCUGUUUUUUAAGUGUUUUGGCUCUCUCAUGAGAUGUCUCCCACUUUGAUAGAUGGCCAGCCUUCCCUGAGCUUUCCAGUUUCCGGAUCCAACGUUACUAAGUUCUCUGUGUUUAUUCGGGUAAUCAGUAUCUCGGUUUUUUGUCCCACUUGUGUUGUGCUAUGCAUGGGUGAGGAUUUUCUCAGGUGCCAAUUCCCGAGUCAUGUUUCAGCGUGUUUGUUUCAGUAGCGUUUGGAUUUUUAUUUUCCUCAAAGGGUGGGCUUAUGAUUGCCUAGUUGAAUCGUCUUCCUGGUUGCUGUUAGCAGUUCCAGUAUUUGGUGCCGUAUUACUCAUGGGGCCUUGGUUGUGGCAGCGGGUUAUACAAGUCUGCCACCACAAUCUUCUUGUUCGCAAGGGAUUGUUUUUUAGUUCAUACCAGGCCUUGGUUUUUCAGGUACCGAUUUUUAAGGAACUCUGCUUUCUGCGACUAAGUUGUAUGUAAUGACUGACAGAUCAGCCUAUCAUUUGUGUUGUAACUUGUAAGUUUCAUAUGCUAUAUUAUUAAUAAAUGAGAACUUGCGUUAUGUUUUUAUUUGUAAUGAUCUGGGCAAUGCAAUGAUAUAUGUUUGGCGUUGGUUUC